UCAAUAUAAAUUUACUGAACCAUAAUGUCCCUGUGGUCUAGGCUUUCGAUUACAUCAAGAAAUCAAAAUUAAUCAAUCAAAAUUUUAGUUAACAUUUAAAGUAUCUGCCACAGGAUGAGCAUGCGGAAAAUGUGUUGCCGCUUUUCAGCAAAUUUUCCUUGGACCACCAAGAUUGAUUCGAUUGGUAAAAAACAAUCGUCUAGGUCCUCAUGUCUUUCCCAGGAGCAUUGUCUUUGGCGUCAAAGAAACCAAGUGGAAAUCGAACAGUUGGCAAAGCUGGUGGGCUACAAACCCGAGGAAAUCGAUGGCUUUCUUUUUAAUCUUAGUCUACGGAACUAUAAUAAUCUGUUAAAGCCCAAGGGCUAUGGAUGGGAUGGCUGUAAUGUGCCCCUAUGUUAUCCGUAUGUCUGUGAUCGGUACAUGGCCAUAUUCGAUAAUCGUGGCAACUUACGAAAUCCCAUCCAUACAAGGAGCCUGGAUAGUAUACUUUCGUUACUGCAGGAUUACUUGAAUGGUGCUUCCCCUUAUGAUCGAAAGAACUCGCCUAUGGCGUAUCCUUACGAACAGCUGGGUAAACAUCGUUCAAGGAUCGAAAGUGAGAAAGUUUUAAGCGCAGGCGUCGAACACAGCGAUUUACAAAGUCUGGGAUCAUCAGAUUGGAUCUUUCAGAUCCUUGGCAGUCCAAAGAAAUCGAAAAGCCAGGAAAAAUCGAUCUCCCACCGAGAACCGCAAGCAGUGGAGAGACCGGAAUUAAUAUCCGAAUUAGAAUCAGAAUCUCAAAAGGUGAAAAUGUAUAGGAAAAAUAAAGACUUUGGUCGGCAGGCUGUUUUUCUUAAUGAUGAACUAGCCCUAGCUUAUGCCAAGUCUUAUGAUUAUGCGGAAUAUCUGAUGAAAACGUUGGGUCGACAUCGAUUUAGGGACAGCUAUAUAGGUCCUGUGGGGGAUUUAAGAACAGCACGUACUCGCAUUCUUAUAAGGGACUUAAUCGCAAGGAAAGGAAUGAAUAUAAGUGAAAAAGAUUUAAGCAAGGCCUUAAAAAAGGUCGAUCUUGAGUGGAAAGGAACGACACGCGCAGAUAAUAAACGUGAAAUGAAAACAGCCCGGGAGAUUUCCAGGCUUUACAAUGCCAUUGUUCAGACGCCGUCAAAUGACUCUAUUCCUUGGGAAAUUAUAGGCAAUGUCAGAGAGAACUACCCAAAGGUUCCAAAAGCCUCGAAAUCUCCCAGAAAAUACUUGGCCGGCCGACCCUCAUUGCUUUUCCACGAACCUUUUAAUCAAAAAAAGAACAGGACCGGGCAACGGCGAAAUUCAAGGCAUUCCCGGCUAAAUUCCGAUUACAAACUCUCAAGUGCAAGGAUUAAGCGAUAUUUAAACACAUCCAUGAAAAAACCUAUAGAGCCGGUCGAAGAAAGUUCUUCAAUUAAGGAGUGAAGGGGAAUGAUUGCAGAAACGAGAGUCUUAAAAUCCCUUGCAAGCAUGCUUAGAAAAUUACAGCAGAGAAAUCAUUCAAAAUUUUAGUUUGGAACUGGCAACCAAAAAUUUGUUCUUUCUUAAAUACCUGCUUUUCGGAACACCAAGACGGUCAGGC